GUUGAGUGGAAUUAUCGAACGUGAAUUGGAUGCCGUAACAAGGCAAAAAAUAUACAAAGUAAAUUGAGUUUUAUUAAAUAAAAAGUAAAUAAAAUGCUGCGCCAGUUGCUGAAUCACACCUCGGCGACUGCUGCCAAGACAGGCAGCAACGAUUUUGCAUUGGAAUUCGUGCGCUGGCGACGAAAGCCACGUUGGUUGCCGGUGGCCAAGAGCAAAGUGUUUCGCGUGCCCGAGCGGAAGAAGCAGACGGAGGAGGAGCGCACGGAGCUGAUGCGGCUGCACAACCAGUACAAAACCCAGCUACGCUCGGUGCGGCAGUAUUUGCGGGAGGAGGUGAUCCGACAUCAGGAGACGUCCACGGCGGACCACAUUGUGCUCACGCCGGAGCAGGAGGAGGCAGAGUUCCAGCGUUGCCUGGAUGUGAAUGCUGCCUGGAAUGCAAAGAUUGCCAGUGAGCGGGACGCACGUCUGGCCAAGGAACGGGAGGAAAAGGUGGCCUAUGUCCAGGAACGUCUGGAUGCGGGCAAAUUGCGAGCUGAGGAACGUCGUGAGCGUGCGGAUGAACGCAUUCGUAUGGAGAUCGAGGCAUCCAAGACAUUCAUUACUAGAGACAAUCUGGAUGAAGCUAUUGAGACGGCACUGGCCAAUCCUGUGGACCAUAACUUUGCCAUUGAUGCGGCUGGGAAUCUUUAUAGAGGACGUGCUACGAAUUCGUUAAACAAUUGAGACUAGGUAUUUGUUGUUACUCGUAUAUUAAAGAGCAUUUUCUCA